UGACAAAAUGGAACCCAGCCAGCAGUGUGAGGAGACCUGAAAGUGGCACAUGGCAGAGUGUGGCGUUGGAGACAGCAGCAAUGGGAGGCGGGGUACAAGGACCCAUGAGACACUGUGGACCUGGCAGCAGCGUGAGGAGGCUGGUACAGGGGCCCAUGGCAGAUUAGGGGCCUGGCCGCAGCAAUGUGAGGCCCGUAAUCUGCCAGCACCCUAUGACAAAAUGGGAACACAGCAGCAGUGUGAGGAGACCUGAAAGUGGCACAUGGCAUGACACACUGCGGACCAAUGGCAGGUAGCCAUGGGGCCCAUGGCAGAUUAGGGGCCUGGCAGCAGCAGCAAUG